CACAUACACACACCACACACAUACAUGCCAUAUACACCAUCUACGCUGUGUUUACGACGUGCAUGCCGUGCGUUGCACUUUCGUCACUUUCGCGGUGAUCUUGUAUCGUGUUAUGAUCGUGUGAUAUUUGACUAGUGGCUAGUUUGAAUUGAAAAAAAGGAUCAAUGGAGGAGCCAAAACGAAAGAGAAUUCGGAAGGAAAAACCUAGCGUGUCCAAGAACGAUGACGACACGCAGAGUAAUGAAAAUACAUUGGACACGAGUACCUAUCUAACCUAUGACAUCUUGAGAAUUCUCUUUAAAUAUUUAGAUGCCAGAGAUCUGGCGAGCUCUGCGAUGGUUUGUAGAUCCUGGCAAGAAGCUGCAAAUAAUGAAAAAUUAACAAGAGGUCCUUGUUGCUUCAUACAGCAUUACAAAACACGACACGACUUUUUAUCUCAUGUCAAGAAUAUCAGAAUUAAACCAUCGGCAGGUUUCUUUUUUAUUCCUGAAAACACACCGCGCAAUGUAGAAGAACGUAUUGAAGCUUUGCUGCCUAAAUAUUGUGAAGCUGUAAUGUUGUACAGUAGAGGUGUUAUUAUGGACAAAGAAAUGGAAUAUCAUCCAUUUCCGAAUAUGGCAUGUGCGUUUUUGCCAGAAAUCCCAAACGUGAGAGUGAAAUCGUUCAACGUGACAACACAUGCACUUAUAGACACAACGGUCGAAUAUCAGGAGAUAAUUAGCAUAAUUAACAAAACAUCUACCUCGAAUCACGAAACGUCAACGUGUCUUAUGUUAUUUUGUAAUUAUAUCGGUCACAUCACAGCAAAGCGUUGGGCCUCAGUCAUACAAAAAAGCACAAAAAAUAAAGUAGUUUCCGUAUGGGGUGGCGUGUUGCAAGACAUUUACGCACAGCGUGCACAUACCGGCAAAGGACAAAAGAAACCCAGACCGACUGAGAGAACGCAUAAACCAUGUUGUUUCGCCGUUCUCAUUACUGGCGCUAUGCAGACGUGGUCCAUGAUUUUGGAGAGGAAAUAUAACACAAAGGAGCGAGUCGAAGCGAGAUUGAAAUUAUUUAAGGAUCAAGUGAAAUUAAAGAAACAUUCCAUAGGAUUUAUGUUCGUGUGCAAAGCUCGUGGAACCGAAAUGUACGAUGAAUCUAACGUAGAAUCAACAAUAUUUAAAAGAAUAUUCCCCAAAGUACCCUUAGUAGGUUGCUUUGGUUAUGGCGAGUUUGGAAAAACUACCGACCUCGAUGAGGUGAACGAAGAAACAAAUAGUAAAGAGGGAAAAAAACGUAAGAAGUCUUGGUAUAACGAAUUCUCUACUGUGUUCUUAAUACUUACGUAUGGUUAACGUUUUAAAAAGAUACAUAUGUGAUUGCUACGUAUUGAACAUAUUUUAUUACUCGUGCAUUACUAGAGUUAGGCUGUCGUGUUCACCGAUUUUUUUCUGUUGUUUCAUAAAACGUAAAAGCAAUGAUCGAUCGACGUUCACAGAAUAAAAACAGUAUAUCUAACGUCAUAGCAAUAAAUCCGAGUACAGAGAUUUGUACCUUAUUCUUAGAAUGCAAUAUCUACGGAUGCGCGUUUUGUACGAGUCCUAAAAUGAUGUUAUUGAUGAGCAAAAAAAAAACAAGUUAUAACUAUAAUAUAUUAUAUGUUCGUACUA